AGUGAUGACCAAGCUGAUCCCGAGAAACACAGUUAUUCCAACCAAGAAAUCUCAGGUUUUCACAACGUACCAAGACCAGCAGACAACUGUCUCAAUUCAGGUCUUUGAAGGUGAAAGAAGUCUCACCAAGGACUGCAGGCUGCUCGGGAAAUUCGACCUCAACGGAAUCCCACCAGCCCCAAGAGGAACCCCUCAAAUCGAGGUCACAUUCGAAGUGGACGCCAAUGGUAUCCUGAACGUGAAAGCAGAGGACAAGGCGAGUGGUAAAUCAGAAAAGAUUACAAUCACAAACGAGAAGGGUCGUCUGAGCCAAGAAGAGAUUGACCGGAUGGUGAAGGAGGCAGAGGAGUUUGCAGAGGAAGACAAGAAGGUGAAGGAGAGGAUCGACGCCAGGAAUGCGUUGGAGACGUACGUGUACAACAUGAAAAACCAAGUGAACGACAAGGACAAGCUUGCAGACAAAUUGGAAGGGGAUGAGAAGGAGAAGAUCGAAGCAGCAACCAAAGAAGCCUUGGAGUGGCUCGACGAGAACCAAAACUCUGAGAAAGAAGAGUACGAUGAGAAGCUCAAGGAGGUAGAAGCAGUGUGUAACCCAAUCAUCACGGCAGUAUACCAGAGAUCAGGCGGAGCACCAGGUGCAGGAGGAGAAUCAACGACUGAGGAGGAAGAUGAGUCUCAUGAUGAACUCUAGAUGUCUUUUUUUAAUAUUGAUUUGUUAAAACCAUUAGAGACAAGUUUUGAGUAUGAAAGAAACAAAAGUCGUUUUUUGUUUUUGUUUUUUUGUAUGUUUUUGGUUUUUCAUUUUAGGAAAGGGGAGUGAUUAAGUAGCGUCCCUUCUUUAGUCUCCCCGGACGUUCUCUUUAUGUUCCCUUUACUUCUUCAUAACAAAUACUUUUUUCCCAUCCAAAAUAA